CAACCAAGCGCGGUACCUCGACUACAUACUUCCCGCUGGCUGCAUCAAUCCAUUGAAAGACACAUCUUGGGGGAAUUAACAUCCUCUUGCUUUGCCACAUCCUUCUUACUUACGCACGCGCACACGCAAUCUCCUUCUCCCCCUCCUCCUGCUCCUGCUUGUGCUCUCUCCACCAUCCUCUUCUUUUCCUUCCUUCCCUCUGUCCACCUUCCCUCCUCCGCCGUCCUUCCCUUUUGCCCCUCACUCACCGCCGCCUCCUUUCCACCCACCACGCACACUCUCCACCCCCACAUUCAACACUCUCAGUCGCUCCAUCCGUCUGCAUUCAACACCUGCUUUUUCCUAGACCACUGUCGCCAUCAUGUCUUGGAAAUUGACGAAGAAGCUCAAGGACACCCACCUGACCCCACAAAACAUCUUCAGUCGCUCGUCGUCCACCUCCACCAUCGUCGGCGACCAGACCCCCAAACAAGGAGCCUCCGUCAGCGGCGGUUCUACCGCAUCCGACCCCAGCGACCCCAAUGGCAUAGCCGCCUCGGAGGCCAGCGCCGCCGCUCCUGCUACCCCCCUUCGCCCCGGUAUUCUUGUCGUCACACUCCAUGAGGGCAAAGGCUUUUCGCUGCCUCCCGGCGCCGAGGCUCACUUCAACAAUAGUGGUCACCACCAAGGCUCCUUAUCUCAAGGCGGCGGUUUCUCAGUAGCCGGUUCUAUGCGAAAUCCCGUUGCAGGCUCAUACACAAACCGACCACAGUCCGCUGCUGGCAGCAUCAACGCCGUCCCCACCAUCCACGGACGUUAUUCAUCAAAACACCUUCCCUACGCCCUCGUGGAUUUUGAGAAACAGCAGGUUUUCAUCGAUGCUGUCUCGGGUACCCCCGAAAACCCCCUGUGGGGAGGAGAGAGCACACAAUACAAGUUCGAUGUUUCCCGUGUUACAGAGCUCCAGGUGUCGCUGUAUAUCCGAAACCCAUCUGCGUCCGCCAAUACUGGCCGAGCCGACGACAUCUUCAUCGGAAAGCUCAACAUAAACCCCAGAUUCGAGGAAGUCCAAGCCAGCGAUAUAAAAGCCAAGAGGGAGACAGGGACUGGUCAGGUUGGCGCGGAAUGGGUCGAUGUCCAAUUUGGCUCCGGCAACAUGAAAAUCGGUGUCAACUUUGUGGAGAACCGCCAAGAGCGACUCAAUUUCGAGGACUUUGAAUUGCUCAAAGUAGUGGGCAAGGGCAGUUUCGGAAAGGUUUUCCAGGUCAUGAAGAAGGACACCCACCGAAUUUACGCGCUCAAAUCGAUUCGCAAGGCGCACAUUAUAUCUCGUUCCGAAGUAGCCCACACGCUGGCUGAACGAUCUGUACUUGCACAAAUCAACAAUCCCUUCAUUGUCCCUCUCAAGUUCUCGUUCCAAAAGCCCGAGAAGCUCUACCUUGUCCUCGCAUUCGUCAACGGAGGCGAGUUGUUCCACCACCUCCAGAAAGAACAGCGAUUCGACAUCAACCGCGCACGAUUUUACGCUGCAGAGCUUCUCUGUGCUCUGGAAUGCUUGCACGGCUUCAACGUCAUCUACCGUGAUCUCAAGCCGGAGAACAUUCUCCUGGAUUACACGGGUCACAUAGCAUUGUGCGAUUUCGGUCUCUGCAAACUGGAUAUGAAGGACGGAGAUAGGACAAACACUUUCUGUGGAACACCCGAGUACCUCGCUCCCGAACUUCUCACUGGUGCCGGAUACACCAAAGCUGUCGAUUGGUGGACGCUCGGUGUUCUCCUUUACGAGAUGUUGACGGGUCUCCCACCCUUCUACGACGAGAACACCAACGACAUGUACCGCAAGAUUCUCACUGAGCCAUUAUCCUUCCCCAACGAGCAGAUUGUACCGCCGGCUGCUCGGGAUUUGCUAACCCGUCUGCUUGACCGCAAUGCGGAGAAGCGUCUCGGAGCCAAGGGUGCGGCUGAAAUCAAGACACAUUACUUCUUCCACAGCAUCGACUGGAGGAAACUUCUAGAGCGCAAAUACGAGCCUAGCUUCAAGCCCAAUGUGGCCGAUGCUAAGGAUACCACAAACUUUGACGAUGAGUUCACCAGGGAAGCGCCUACAGACUCGUACGUGGAGGGGCCCGGCCUAUCUCAGACGAUGCAGCAGCAAUUCACGGGUUGGUCGUACAACCGCCCUGUAGCAGGUUUGGGCGAUGCUGGAGGAUCGGUCAAAGAUCCAUCGUUCCAAGAUAUAUGA